GCGGCGGCAGCGGCGGCGGCGGCGGCGGAAGCCAGGUGCCCCCGCCCGCCCUGUCCUCUCGACGAGGCGGAGGCGUCGCCGCGGGCCAGGCCUCGGACUGCCGCGUCGGAGUGGACGCGGGGGGCGGCGGCGCGGGCGGACGCGGGCGGCGCGGAGCAGCGGGGCCCGCGGGGGCGCCCCGGCCCGGUCGGCGCGGACGGCGCUCGGCGGACGCGGGCGGACGCUGGGCGGCCCCUCCCUGCCCGCGCGCCCGGGCGCCCCUGGCCGGCGCCGGGCCCCGGAGCGAUGACAUCGACGGGGAAGGACGGCGGCGCGCAGCACGCGCAGUAUGUUGGGCCCUACCGGCUGGAGAAGACGCUGGGCAAGGGGCAGACAGGCCUGGUGAAGCUGGGGGUUCACUGUGUCACCUGCCAGAAGGUGGCCAUCAAGAUCGUCAACCGUGAGAAGCUCAGCGAGUCUGUGCUGAUGAAGGUGGAGCGGGAGAUCGCGAUCCUGAAGCUCAUCGAGCACCCCCACGUCCUAAAGCUGCACGACGUUUAUGAAAACAAAAAAUAUUUGUACCUGGUGCUAGAACACGUGUCAGGUGGUGAGCUCUUCGACUACCUGGUGAAGAAGGGGAGACUGACGCCUAAGGAGGCUCGGAAGUUCUUCCGGCAGAUCAUCUCCGCGCUGGAUUUCUGCCACAGCCACUCCAUAUGCCACAGGGAUCUGAAACCUGAAAACCUCCUGCUGGACGAGAAGAACAACAUCCGGAUCGCAGACUUUGGCAUGGCGUCCCUGCAGGUUGGCGACAGCCUGUUGGAGACCAGCUGUGGGUCCCCCCACUACGCCUGCCCCGAGGUGAUCCGGGGGGAGAAGUACGACGGCCGGAAGGCGGACGUGUGGAGCUGCGGCGUCAUCCUGUUCGCCUUGCUGGUGGGGGCUCUGCCCUUCGACGAUGACAACUUGCGGCAGCUGCUGGAGAAGGUGAAGCGGGGCGUGUUCCACAUGCCGCACUUCAUCCCGCCUGACUGCCAGAGUCUGCUACGGGGCAUGAUUGAGGUGGACGCCGCACGCCGCCUCACGCUAGAGCACAUUCAGAAACACAUAUGGUAUAUAGGAGGCAAGAAUGAGCCGGAACCAGAGCAGCCCAUUCCUCGGAAGGUGCAGAUCCGCUCGCUGCCCAGCCUGGAGGACAUCGACCCUGACGUACUGGACAGCAUGCACUCACUGGGCUGCUUCCGAGACCGCAACAAGCUGCUGCAGGACCUGCUGUCCGAGGAGCAGAACCAGGAGAAGAUGAUUUAUUUCCUCCUCCUGGACCGGAAAGAAAGGUACCCAAGCCAGGAGGACGAGGACCUGCCCCCCCGGAACGAGAUAGACCCUCCCCGGAAGCGUGUGGACUCCCCGAUGCUGAACCGGCACGGCAAGCGGCGGCCAGAGCGCAAGUCCAUGGAGGUGCUCAGCGUGACGGACGGCGGCUCCCCGGUGCCUGCACGGCGGGCCAUUGAGAUGGCCCAGCACGGCCAGAGUAAAGCAAUGUUCAGUAAAAGCCUGGAUAUCGCUGAGGCCCAUCCCCAAUUCAGCAAAGAAGACAGGUCUCGGUCCAUCAGCGGUGCCUCCUCAGGCCUUUCCACCAGCCCACUCAGCAGCCCCCGGCCUAUUAGGAAGCUUGUCCUGCCCCCACCGCCCCCCGAGCUGCCCUUCGUGGCCCGCCCCCUGGCCACCUCCACGGAGCCCGAAGCUUGUGGGAGCGCCUCGAGGCCUGGACACGUCCUCCCUCCACAGGCCGCCCCGCGGCCCGACCCCAAGACCCAGACCUUGCCGUGCAAGGCCAAGCUGACCGACAAGCCUCUGCAGGGCACCAAGUCCAACCCCUUCCCGGCCAGCACCCCGGCCCGGCCUCCCGCCACUGGCCUUUGUCCCCAGCUGGCACCACCCCUGGGCCCGCCUGCCCUGCGGGUGCCCCCACGGCCCCCACCCGCCGGGAUUGAACCAAACACCAAAUCUGUCCCCACCAUACAGGUGACCCCUCACCCCUCACCAAGGGGCAGUCCCCUCCCCACCCCCAAGGGGACACCUGUCCACACGCCAAAGGAGAGCCCGGCUGGCACGCCCAACCCCACGCCCCCGUCCAGCCCCAGCGUCGGAGGGGUGCCCUGGAGGGCGCGGCUCAACUCCAUCAAGAACAGCUUUCUGGGCUCACCCCGCUUCCACCGCCGGAAACUGCAAGUUCCGACGCCGGAGGAGAUGUCCAACCUGACCCCAGAGUCAUCCCCAGAGCUGGCCAAGAAGUCCUGGUUUGGGAACUUCAUCAGCCUGGAGAAGGAGGAGCAGAUCUUCGUGGUCAUCAAAGACAAACCUCUGAGCUCCAUCAAGGCUGACAUCGUGCACGCCUUCCUGUCGAUUCCCAGCCUCAGCCACAGCGUCAUCUCCCAAACGAGCUUCCGGGCCGAGUACAAGGCCACGGGGGGACCAGCCGUGUUCCAGAAGCCGGUCAAGUUCCAGGUUGAUAUCACCUACACGGAGGGUGGGGAGGCGCAGAAGGAGAACGGCAUCUACUCCGUCACCUUCACCCUGCUCUCAGGCCCCAGCCGCCGCUUCAAGAGGGUGGUGGAGACCAUCCAGGCCCAGCUGCUGAGCACACACGACCUGCCCGCGGCCCAGCACUUGUCAGACACCACUAACUGUAUGGAAAUGAUGACGGGGCGGCUUUCCAAAUGUGACGAGAAGAACGGGCAGGCGGCCCAGGCCCCCAGCACGCCCGCCAAGCGGAGUGCCCACGGCCCACUCGGUGACUCCGCGGCCGCUGGCCCUGGCCCCGGCCCCGGAGGGGACGCCGAGUACCCAACGGGCAAGGACACGGCCAAGAUGGGCCCGCCCGCCGCCCGCCGCGAGCAGCCUUAGACACACUAGCCCCCCCCCCAGCACAGCACUGACAGCGGCUGCCUCGCCGCCCGCCGCCCGCCCUGCCCCAAGUGGACCCGCGGCCGCGCUGCCCGUCCGUCCAGACUGUUCUCAGAGCCUGGGAGGAAAGGAAAGGGGCAUCGGGGCCGGCCUGUGGGCUGCGCCACCCGCGCCCGCUCUCUUUUCUCUCUCCUGUCUCUGUCUCUGCCUGUCUCUGACAGCGUCGCUUGUUUCCACUCUGAUACCAGGAAUUAUCCCGAAAAGUUAACAUGUCACCUCCACGAGGCCAUCCUCUGUGACCGAAGGCAGCUGCUGCGGACCCGCCCUCCCUCCGCUCCUGCUGUUGCUGCCGGGCAGUGAGGCCCAGCCCAGCGCCCCGUCCACCCCGCGGCAGCUCCUCGCCUCAGCUCCGCACGGCCCGUGGGAGGAGGGCCAGGCUCCCGGUCACCUGACCCCUCGGCAAGAUCAGCCUGCCUGGCGGCCUUCUGGGGCCGGGACCCCCGGUGGGCAAAGUAGCCACAGAAACAGACCCCGUCCACCCCGUCCACUGCCUCCACGCCGCACCUGGAGGCCUCCUCGCUGGCCCGUGCCCCGCCUCCCUGGCAGCGCCGCCUCCGUGUAGUCUUGGCCUCCUCAGGCUGCCUCCCGUCCUCUCAUCUCACCCGCGCCUCCCUUGCCUCAUCUGGGGCGGCUGUGGGCUCUGGCACUCCUCUCUGGCUGAGGUGGAAACAGAGAGACCCUGGGGUACCAGAGCCUUCCCGGCAGGCCAGGCCGCUGGGCUGGGAUCAGUGUUAUUUAUUUGCUGUUUUAAUUUAUGGAUUCUCUGCAACUCUGUUCAGGGAAGGGCGGCGGCCACAUCCCCUGCCGUCUGCGCGUCUCAGGCAGUGGGGGGGCUGGGGCCAGGGCGCCCUCUGAGGACAGAGCUGGUGGGGCGCGGGGGGGGCUGGCGAGCUACUGUAAACUUUAAAGAAUUCCUGCAAGAUAUUUUUAUAAACUUUUUUUUCUUGGUGGUUUUUGGAAAAGGGUGUGGGGGUGGGGGCGCCGCUGGGGCAGAGCCAGGUCUUGUGUUUUAGUCCCUUGCUCCCGAUUCUUUCUACACACACAUCUAAAGACGGUGCGGUUUGCUCUGUCAUGGGUUCCGUCUCUCUCUGUGGAGAAGCAGCUCCAUCUCUAUGGGGGCUUGGGGCAGAGGGGCGGUGUCUCGUAGAGGGCGGCAGCGCCAGCGCCCCUCUGUCAGGCUGGGGCAAUCUUGGUUUUGUGUCCAAAGGUGAAAGGGUAGGAGAAGGCCCUCAGCUGGCCCUCCCCACACACAGGACGGCAGGGGCACUGUGGGGCUUUUCUUAUUAAAAUGAAAAAAAGUUGGAAAAAAAAAAAACAAAGGACAGAAAGAGUCGGUGGCGCUCCUCCGCAGGGCGUUCUGUGCAGACCGAGGCCCAGGCCCACCCUGCCCAGUGCCCAUCUCCGUGCUUCACCCCAGCUCCAGCUUCUGUGUUCCCUUCCACCCAUGUGCCCGGCCCUCCCAGGCGGGCACAGCCCGGGUGCAGCGGCCAUGGGGGGCGGCGGGUCUGAUGCAUGCCUCUGCCGUGGAGUCUGUCUGCUUCGGUGCCUGCCCCUGCCUCCCACCCACCUCGUGUAUAGAUUUUAACGCUUCUGUUAACAUUAGACCUCUGCCACAGGCUGGGAUUUCUAUACAUAAGAACAAAAGCAAACACCUAGGACAGCAAACGCCAGGCGGUACAGGCGGGAAGGGGCUCUCCACGGAGAUCGAGGACACGAAGCAAACUGCCUCUUGCUCGCCUUCCCCUUUUGUGCUUCGGACACACGCGGACUCCAGCAGGCGCCACGGAAAUGGGCAAGCCCCUGCAGUGUACCCCUGUCAUAACUGUGAGCAACUGCAGCUCCGGAACAAUAAAUCCCUUCCGCAAAGACAGCGACGCAGGUCUUCAUCUGGGCAGGGCGGGCGCGCAGGGCUCUGUGACAGCCCGGGACAGCUUCUCGUUCCCCACUUGCAGCCCCUGGGCUGCGCCAGUGUGAACGCAGCUACCCUCUGCCCAGCUGAAGAGGGCGAGAUUCCGGGCGGCCAGGGUCAGAGGUCACUUCCAAUGUGUGGGGCCAUCCCCCGAGGCUGCCCCAGCCUGAGGCGGGCUCCCAUUCAGGGCCAGGGCCUGUGCGGAGCACUCUUUGCACGGCACCUCUGCCACCCCACAAGGCCUGCACGGGCCACCCAGGGCCUGGGCCUUUUCCUGGAGAAUGAGCCGCCUUCCCAUUCCUUACUUGGGAAGGGUCCGGAUAGGGUGCCAUGACCCAGCCUUGGGAGUGAGGGGCCCAGGCUGAGGACAGCCCCUGGAGCUAGAGCGGGGAUGGUCCCAGCCAUACCUGCCACAGAGAGCAGCCAGGGCCGUGGGCUCCACUGGCACGACGCCCUGGCCCAGCUGCCCCUCUGCCACCGCAGCAGAAGGGCGAGCCCAGGCCCAUGCUGUGUGAGGCCAGUGGCCGGGAGUCCACCGCAGCCUGGAGGAGGCCAGGAGCCGGCCUCAGCAGGGACCAGGCAGAGACUGCGGCGUCCACAGAGCUGCCCUGGGAGGCCCACGCACACUCCCCUCCCAUGUGAAGGACUCAGAUGCGGCCGGACUGCACCCAGCUGUCUAUCAUUGGAGCAGAAUCAAGAUGUGCUCCUCCUGGAGGCUCCAGGGGAGGACCUGUGGCUGCCUGCAUCCCGUGGCCCGGGGUCUCCACCUUCGCAGCCAGGAGUGUGGGUAGAGCCUCCUCACAGCUGUGUCCUGCGCAUCCCAGCCUGCGUCCAGCUUCCACGAUGAAAGCCUCGUGCUCUCACUGGGCCCAGACUAUCUCUGCCUCUCAAGGGCUUCACUGGAUCCACAAGACCCAAGGCUCGUCCACAGACCUCCCACAGCUGUCCCUGCUUUCAGCAACUGCUUGGGUGACCCGGGGCAUCCACCAGCCACAGGCUCGCCCUCCUCCAGGAGCUCUUGGUGUUUGCUACAGCAGCGCCUCAUGCCUAGAACCAAAAUCUGCCUUCAUCUCCUGUUGCUGCAGUUGCCAUGAACUUCGUGGCUGGAGUCAAAACGAACUUACCUCAAACGGACCUCACCGGGCUAGUCUGCAGGGCCGGUUCUUUCUGGGUGCCUUCCUUUCCCAGCUUCUAGGAGCUGCCUGCACUGCUGACUCAGGCCCUUCCCACGCCACGCUGUCUUCCUCCGCUGCCUCCCUGCUCAGUGCCCUUGGCUCUCCUGACAACACUGGGCCCAUCCAGAAAACCUCCCCAUCCUCAGGUCAGUGACCGGGAACCUGAUUCCAUCUGCAGCUUCCAUCCUGCUGUGCUAUCUAAGGAGACAGUCUCUUAGGAUUAGGACACGGAUCUCUUUUGGGGACCAUCAUUCUGUCUUUCAGAACACAGACCACAGACAGAAACUGAGUGAGCCAUGGUUGCAGCUGGGGGUGAGGGCUGAGCCCUCAACACUGAGACCCCCCUCAGUGUACAGGCCUCCUGUUCACGGAGGGAAAUGGAGGCAGAGGCAGGAAGGCUUGACCAGGACUCCAGGUCUUACAGCAAGAACCCAUCCCAGUGGAGGACAGUGCACAGCACAGUCCCCUCAGCCCAGGAACGGGACAGGUCCACCACACAAUGGCCUAGCAGCAGGCGCCCACAACGCCCAGCGCCCAGCGCCAGCCCUCAUCCCAGGCACCCUUCCCAAAGGAACUCAUGCCCGCGACUCCCACGUGCCCUGGGGACCCUGCAGCUGCAUCCUGAUUGUGAGACCGGCACGAACGCGCGCCCUGGACACCUCCUAAGGCCGUCCCGCAGGCUCCACACAUGUUCCAUCUGAGGCUGCCUUGGAGGCUCCAGCUGGAAUCCCGGUGUCCUCCUAGCCCCUUCAGCCCCAGUGGAGCUGGCCCCCAGCCCCCUGUGCCCCACAGCACUCUCAGUCCAAUCUUCCACCCGGCCUCUGCUCGGCAGCCAGGCCCCAGGUUCGCCAGCACACAGCGACCCAGGCUGUGUGCCCGGUUGGCUCCCUGUAGCCUCAGCCAGGAGCUCCCUGCACACCCCAGCCGGGGCCUCAGCCAGAGAGGGUGGCCCCACCAGGCCACCUGCCCCUGUUCUUGCCCUCCCUCGCUGGCGGACCUCCUUGCUACCUAGCCCAGCGCCGGUCCCUGCCUCAGGCUCCUACACUCAGCCCCUUCAGUCAAGUUCUGUGGGUGUCCUGGGGCCUCCACUCGGGGUCCACGCAGAGCAUCAGGAGACAAGGGCGGGUGGCACCCAGCAGGCCUCUCUCUGGGAACUGGGUUUGGCUCCAGGCACUGACUCACCAUGCGGCCCAGGGUCACGGAGUCAGUGCGGGCCCUCGUGGGGAGGUGGUGGAGCAGGCGGUGAAGGCCUUAGGGUACGCGUGGAUGUCGGAUGAGAUGCCCCCAGCUGACUCCAGCCAUGUUCUGAGAAGCCCAGAGGCUGUCAGCUUUCGGGGUGGGAGGCAGAGACACGGCAGGGGAAGGGCCUCUGACCUGCAGCUUGGUCCCUGGGAAAGCCAAGAAGGGGCCUGUUGGCCACAGCUGCAUCAUGCAGGCUGAGCCCGAGGCCAGGGGAGCACCACGACCUGGGCAGGCCCCACUAGCUAAGGGGCGGGGGACGGACUGCCCGAGGUCACUGUGCAGCAGGCGCCAUCGGCAGGGGCCCACAGUCCUGAGGUCUGAACCAACCAGGCCCUGACCCUGGAAGCCCUCUCUUCCCACUGCUCAGCCCACUCAGGUCUUGAUAAGCUCCAGGCUUCAGCUUAGGGCCCCCCUCCCUGCAGCACGUGCCCACCCACUCCCAGGCUGAGGACACAAACCUGCUUGCCCCUGGGCCACGCUGUCCCGGCCAGGAAUGGCCCCUGCGGCAGAGCCACUGUUUCAGGCUGGCCCAGAGCCCUCUGGAGAAGAUGUCCCCAGCUUACUGCAACCACACUUGAGGGUCCCCGCCACCAGCAUGGGGAGAGGUGGGGGGCUGAGGCAGCUGGGGAGAGUGAGUGACACGGGGUAUGUGCUGCCUCCAUGGCACCUGCAGGCUGGUUGUGGACCCUCGCAGGCAGUGAGGGGCAAGUCUGCUCCGACCCCCACUCUCGGGGCAGCCUCCGGGGUGCCUGCUCCUGGGGCUGCCCACCAAGCAAGUGGCCGGGCUGCCCACAGUGUGGGGGGGUCACCGAGACGCUGAGAUGCACACAGGCUCUGACCUGAGAGAAUUCUUUUUAUUACGAGUGAACAGAUGAACUAAGGUAAGCGGGUCUCAGCCUUCUGCUGGUGCAGCAUCUCCACGCAGGGCCUCAGCCCCGUCCCGGCCUUGCCUGAGGACUGCACCAUGGCCGUUCCUUGGGCAUGGAGGAGGCAGCAGGAAGGGGUGACAGGAGCAGGAGCAGGUGCAGGGCACCCCACACCACAGGCCUCCCCCACCUCUGAGCUGCCAACAGCCAAGACUCCUGGCGAGGCCGGGAGAGGAGGGGCGAGAGGGAAGGAGGGUCUCUGUGAAAGCAAGCCCCACCCCCAGAGCAGAGCAGAGACCCAGGUCUGCAAAUCACACCCUCCCCCCAUGAGUUCCUCCUUUGAGGCCAGCAGCACCCGAGGGAGGGCAGGGGCUGCACGGAGACCAGAGAAAGGAAAACCCCACAGAAGAAAACUCAAAGCAUCAGUCCUAUGCGUGUCUGCUGAACGAGUGAACGGGCCCAAAGGCUCUUCUCUACAAACGGCACGCAUCCAUCCGACGGGGCCACAGGACACGGCCGGGGCCAUCUGCGUCUGUGCAGCCCACAGCAAUGCAGCCCAGGGCCCUCUCAGACCUCACCACACGCGUGCCCAGCACAUGUGUGCACACGCAGAUGCAGGAGAGAACACACACCACCGUCUCUUUGCACACGUGCGCCCCUGUCCGGCCCGGGGGGCUCAUCUCUCCUUCACGUGGUUCUGUGCUCCCGG